AUGAUAAUGAUCAUGAUGGAUGAUAAUGAUUAUUAUCAUUAUCAUAGCAGUAAACCUAUUUUCAUUUUGAAGAAGAUGAAUAAACUAGAAUUAAAAAGACUUGCUGUAAAAUAUUAUGAGGAGAAUAAAGUUCCACAAGAAAUAGAAAACUUGCUCAACAUUUUAUUCCUUCAACAACCAAAAGAUUUGUAUGGGUACAUGAGUGAUUACUUUGGUUCCAAAUCAUGUUCCCCUACAAUAUCAGAGAUUACCUACCAAUCUGCAUUAAGUCCUGCUGGUUAUAAAAGUCUGGAGGCUGUUGUCAGUUGUUGCAUUCAUGGAGUUGUGAAGGAAAUUGCAAAUUUGCAAUUAAUUUUUGAUAAUCGUCCUGCAAUGGCACCUGUAACUUAUAAAUCAGUUGAGAGAAAAGACACUAAAGCUAAAAAGAAAGACAUACUUGUUGAAAAUGUUACAAUAGAUUUGGGUACAAAAUCUGUUACUGAAGAAAAACAACUACCUGGAUUUUCAUAUGAACGUUUAUGCUUUGUUAUUAAAAUGGUUAUGACUCCUGCUUUAAUUGGUGCUUGUAUAAAUGAUCAAUCAGACAUUGAUGAAAGAUUGAGAAUUGCUAUUGAGAGGUAUUCAUCAGAAGCUCUUUACAAAGAACAUAAUGCUUGUGUUGAUUUUAUUGAAGUUAAUGUGAAUGAAUGUUUAAACACAUCUGAAAACCAUUCAGCCGACUCUGAACUUUCUAAUAUGUGUGAAUUUGAAAUAAAACAAGGCUCAUUUUUUCUUUCUAUUAUGAGUAGUUAUGCUUCAAACUGCUUGAAGAACCAAUCAUAUUACUUAUAUACAAUGCAGGAAAAGUACUCUAUACCAGUACCUGCAUUGAAUAUUCUCAGUUGCAGUUGCUCAACUCCAGGAAAGCUAAAUUUGUUUAAAGAGAUUUGGAUUCUACCAAAAAGAAAUAUAAAAGUGGAUCAGGGUGCUCAUAUGCUUUUGAAUUUUUAUAAGUAUAUUGAACAGUUAUUGUUGCAGAAGUUUGGUGUAUCUGGUUGUUUGAAGAGUUUUCUUUCUGGCGAAUUUACACCAGCUUUUGAUAAACCAGAACAACUUUUUGACUUUAUCAUGACAGCUAUCAAAAGUUUUUCACCAAAUGCCCAACCUUCAUUUGAUAUAAUCUUGCAUCUUGCAGCACAUGAAUUUUAUGACAUGAAGCUAAACAAAUAUGAAAUAAGUGCUGGAACUUCAAAAACAAAAGAAGAUCUCUUACAAAUGUACAAAUCCUGGGUUGAGCUUUAUCCUAUAAUUGGUUUUAUUGACCCAUUCCAUGCUAAUGAUGGUUCAAGUUACAUUUUGUUGCACUCAGCUUUGUCCAGUAGUUGCUAUAUUUUUUCAAGUCAAGCUUUUAAUGAAAAAACUGUAAAAAAGAUGUUAAAUGAAAAACUUGUUGAUGGAUUUUUAAUCAACCCAGAAGAAGUUUGUCAAACAUUAUCUGAUGCUUUAUGUUUGGUUAACUUGAUUAAAGAUCAUUCUGGAAAUUUGAUUAUGAGAGAUCAAUGGUUUAGCAAACAAAGUAACAGCUUAGCAGUAGAUUUGUCGAUUUCAUUUGGAUGCUUGUUUUUCCAAAUUUCUUCUACAAAUAGUAUGUCUUUAUGUCGUCUAGUAUCUUGUUACUCUGAAUUAAAGAGGAAAGGUUGUUUAAUUGAAGAAGAGAGUUAUGCUUUUAAAAACAUUUUAAAUGUGUUGAAUGAAAAUCAUGUUGACAAUGUUAAAUAAAUAUUAGAAAAACAUAAAAACAUGGAAAUUAGUAAUAUUGUUAAAAUCAUAUAAUUACAUGUUGUUGCUAGAUAAAAUUUGUUAUUGUAAUAUAGCCAUUAGUGGAUUUAUAUAACUAUAAACUUAAAUCUU